AAAGCGGCCGUUGGCGGUUGGCGGCGGGCGCGAAGGUGACGCGUUAUUUGAACAAAGUGGCGGCAGAGCUGAGCGAGUCGGGAGGUCGCACGCGGGGCCUGAGUUGAGUCGCAGCCCCGCUCCGAGAACAAGGCGACCUGGACACGGACCCUUGUUCGCUGCCGGGAGACAGGCUCGGGUUUGCAGCCGCGGCGUCCCUUGAAUCAUGACCCAGGAAAAAGGUGAUGAUGAACUGGCAAAACUUGCAGAACACAUGAAGGAAUUAUGGACUAAGUUCAAAACCACUUGUAGCAAUGAGAAGAUUGACCAGACGCUGAGACUGAGUGAUUUAUGCAUGGAGUCUUUAUGCAAACUUUCAGAUAAAUGGUCGAACAGAUUAAUAGAUGGGGACAAGAUGAUCACUAAAUUUCAUGAGUACACAGAUGAAGCCUGUCAGAAGAACAAAUCCAUUGAGGAAAAACAAGAUAAAUUAUCUGAAGUACUUGCUGACCUUAAGGAUGGCAGAAAGGAAGAGGCAGACUUGAUGGCUACUAUUCAAGAGCUCAGAGAAGAAUUGAUCAUAAAAAGUAAAAUUAAAAGCAAGCCCCCAGAAGAAAUCAUGGAAAGACUUCAUAAGUCUGAAAAACUAUUUAAAGAGCGGCUUGGGUUAGAAAUACGCAAAACUGGUGCAACUCAUUUGCAGUUUAUAUUCCGUUGUGUUGACCACAAAGAUCUUGAGAAACCAUACAUACUUACCCUUACCAUAAAUGAAGAGGGAGCUUAUGAAGGGAAAAUUAUUUGCUUCUGGACAGAAAAAGUACCAUACUGUAUAGCUGUAUGUGCGUAUUUCUAGAACCUGACAGCCCCAUUUCCCACCAUCAUGAUAAAUUUGAAGAACUGGAGGGUGGCAAGCACUCAGAAGAUGCAGAGCCUCAUCACGGAGGAACGGGGAAGAAUAAUCCUAUUAUUAUUCUUUAGAAGACAUUUGAAGGAAGCCCUGUAUAGGGAAGCCUUUUAAGGUUUUAUUAUGUCAGAUGGGUGGGGUACAAAUAAUAAAAUCAUCAUUAUCAU